AGCUCAGGUUCUCCAGCGGGCCGGGAGCUGAGCCCGGACCUUGGGCAAGCCGAAGGAGCAGGGCCCCGCCGCCUGCUUUCGAGCCAGGAGCCCCAGCAGCGCCAUGGCGGAGAUGGACAGCCUCGAAUACCAGAUCCUGGCUGCCUACACCCAGCAGCGGGCAGUUCGGAGCAGUCCCAAGAUACUCAUGCCGAUGUUCCACUACCAGGGACUUGAGGAGAAAGUGGAAGAACAAGGAAGGUGGUUGGAGAAACCGGCCUGGAAGCAGGGGGUUGUCCAGGUCCAGGGGCCCUUGUCCCCACCCUGCAAAACCCCCAAAUGGCUGCUGUCUGGGGAGUCGCUGAGGUUUGAGGACAGAAAUUUGGAGGAUGACGAGGAAGAGGAGGAAGGAGGUUUCCAGGGCCUCUCUUCUGAGGGCCUAACUGUGGAGAAAAUGGAGCUGAAAGCCACAGGGGCUGCUUCCUGCCACAGGGGCCUCUUCCUGCAGGGGCUGACCAGCGGCUCCUCUGUUCCAGGGGCGGCCAGCCCGGAGGCUGAGCCGGCAGCAGCCAUCGCCAACAGACUUGCCGAGAUCGUGCAAGCCCAGCCGCAGCAGGACUCUUUUGAGAAGGUGGUUCUUCAGUCUACAUUAGAGUCCCAGAACACCGUCAGAAAAGAGAAUGAAGACCAGAUCAUUAUGAAAAUUGCUGAGUUGCUGAAAUAUUCCGGAGAUCAGCUGCAACAAGAGUUGAAGAAAGACAACACCCUGCAGCAUAUGUUUUGGAAGCUGAACUACUCCAUCUUCAAGAGCAUCGUCGACAGAUUCCUGAGAGGGUUGAACAUCUGGGGAGAGCCUGAAGAGGGCACCCAGAGGACCAGACUGGCCUUUGCCGUUGAUGUCAUUGCCCGCCUCUCGGCUGUGGACAACUGCCCCAUGAACCGGGUGCUGGGCUUUGGCACCAAGUACCUGCAGAAGAAUUUCACGCCCUGGAUCCAGCAGCAUGGAGGAUGGGAGAAGGUGAUGGGAGUAGCCCAUGGGAAUGAAGUGGAAUGAGCAAGAACAACUUCACUUCUUGGAGUACUCGACGCCUCCCUCCCUCCCUCCAUCCCUUCCUCUCUCCCCGAAACUUCCCACUGCCCAAGGGAAAGAGACAGAAACGGGUUUGCCCAGAGAGCACCAGAGUGUUUGAAUGCCAGGCCUCCUCACUGUUGGCAGCUCUGGUCAUCACAGCCUGGCAGAGCUCCUGGGACCCCCUGAGGCUGAUGCUGGGGAGUCAAGCCCCUGGACUCUCCCCCUCGACCUUCCCCAACCUAAGAAGAAAAUGGCAGCGAGGUCUAAAGCAGUUUGUGGCCCAUUGCCCCUGCCCCCACCCAAUCCCUCACUCAUGCCAAAGCAGACUAGUGGGAGGGUCUGGAAGGUAUCCCAGAUCAGACCCACCAAUGGCGCCGAGCCAGGUGCCCUGGCAUCCCCUCACAGGGGCCAAGUGGGACUGGUCUAAAUGGAGCCUCCUGUCACUGAAGACCCAUGGACAUAGAAUAAUAGCAAUACAACCUGGAAUUUGUAGAUCAUGUUUUUAUGUUUCCAAACCACAAA